UGGGAGAGCGCGUCGUAGGCGGGACGGAACCGGGACUGGAGACUGGGUCUGGGGACUUGCGCGACGAGCCGAGGGACCGGACGAGGAUGACUUGCACCCUCAGAUCCACGUCCCCCUCGUCGCCGGUCUGAGGCGCCAUCUUCAGGAAGUUCUCCCGCUUUGGAGCUGGACCUGGGACACGGCGUAAUCCCUCCCUCUGUGUGGAAACCUUGGUGCGGUCGGGCGUUUGAGGGGGCCGUCUCCCUUCGCGGCUCCCUUGCUUCCUGUUAGUGAGCCUGCGGUGGGAAUUGGGUUUUGGAGCACAGGCUCCAAAGUUCUGCAGGCUGGGUUCGAAUCCCAGUUUUAUUCCUUGCUGGCUUUGGAACCCAAGGAAUGAUCACUAAGGCUCACAAAGGUGAGGUGGGCCUUGGGCUCCCAGAAAAAAAGAAGAAGAAAAAGAAAGUGGUUAAAGAACCAGAGACUCAAUACUCGGUUUUAAACAGUGACAAUUAUUUCACAGAGGUUUGUCCAAGAGUCACACCACCCUUGAAGGAUGUGAUCCAAGAGCAGGCACCCAGAAUGCCUCUUGUGAAGAAAAAGAAGAAAAAGAAGGGUCACAGCACUGUCUGUGAGGAGCACCUUGAACCUGAGAUCCCAUUACGUGUUGGACGGACUGAGCGGUCACACAGCCCCAGGACGCAGGCACCUGGUCUGUCUGAGUCCCUCAGUGCGGAGAGGAAGAAGAGGAAGUCCACGUCCCCCGGCUCAAGGGUGAAGACCUCUCCAGACCCCAGACAGGACGAGGAAGUGACCAGAGCUGGCAAGAAGCUCAAAAAACACAAGAAGGAGAAAAAGGCCAAGGAAGCUACAGCCUUCUCAGGCAUGGAUCCUUGGUUCUUCGAGGCCGGGAAUGCAUUGUAUACUCACUCAGUUGGGAAGGAUGGCGUCCAGGAGCAGGCCGUCUCGGGACAGAAGCGGAAGCAAGGGAGUCCCAGGGAACACAGCGUGAAGAUGAAGAAGAAGAAGAAGAAAAUCCACCGGGAGGGAGAUCCCCCGCUGGGGCACCCUGACUGCUCCUGGUCCCUGGAGAGCAGCCCUACGAAAGGAAGUAAAAAGAAGCCAGUCAGAGUUGAAGCUCCAGAAUACAUCCCCAUAGGAGAUGGCCCCAGGGCCUCUGUGAAGAAGAAAGUGAAGUCCAAGAAAAGGGUGGAGCAGGCGGACCCCGAGGAGUCAGCUCUGAAGAGGAAGAAGAAGAAGAGGCAGGAGAGCAAAGCAGCAGAGCCACCUUGGGAAGAGGAACCCGACACGGACUUGGAGGUGGUGUUAGAGAAGAAGGGCAACAUGGACGAGGCGCACAUAGACCAGGUGAGGCGGAAAGCCUUGCAAGAAGAGAUUGAUCGUGAGUCGGGUAAGACGGAAGCUUCUGAUGCCAAGACCUGGACAGGAACCCAGUUUGGCCAAUGGGAUACUGCUGGUUUUGAAAACGAGGAACAGAAACUGAAAUUUCUCAAACUCAUGGGUGGCUUUAAAAAUCUGCCCCCUUCCUUCAGUCGCCCCUCCACCACGGAGGCCAGGCCCAACAUGGCUCUCAGCAAGAAGGCUGCCGACACCCUGCAGCGGAACCUGCAGCAGGACUACGACCGGGCCCUGAGCCGGAAGUACAGCCGGGGGGCCGGGCUCGGCUUCUCCGCCGCCCCGGCCAAAGUCUUUUAUAUUGACAGGAACGCAUCCAAGUCAGUCAAGUUUGAAGAUUAAACUCUGCUGUCUCGUCCCCCCAAAACACCCAACAUUGCUUUUAUUGUUCUAUCAGGCAGAUGAAAGCCAUAGGACAGUUGUCUCGAAUCGAACUCCUGCGAAGAUUAAGGACAACUGUGUUGAUGUGCUUGGACAGACUGGGGUGAGGGCAGCUCCUUUCAAGAGCCAGGAGAACAUGUUGAGUGGCUCCCGUUUUCUGUGUGACACGUCCAUUCCUGUUGAAGACAGUGAGUAUAACGAGCAGGAGCGCACACUUGUCGAAGGCGUCCUGGUUGCCAGGCACUUACAUGUCUCCCCUGCAUUCAUGUAUUUAAUCGUCAUGAUUCUGAAACAGGUGCUAUUAUUAUCCUCAUCUUAGGAAAUGGGGUUCUGGGAUGAGGAGACUGGGGUUCAGGGAUAAAGUAAUAACAUUGCCUGGGGUCACUCAGUGAGUUAAGUGCCAAGUGUACUUUUGUGCCCAAGGCCUGUGUCAACUAUUCACUACAAUGACUGUCCACUCUAGGGAAUUUCACCCAAAAUACUCAUUGGGAUUAAAAUGUCUUUUGAUUGAAGAAACAUAGGCUUAUUACAUGUCUACAUCUCAAGCAGGAAGUGGGAUUAAUGUAAACGGGCAAAAGCAAGCUCAUUUCCCCUCCCCCUGUUGGAGUAGCCACAGGCAGAAAGGCGUCUGGAUUCCCACCAGACAGACGUGGCCGAGCUGCCUCUGCCGCUGGGAAGCUGCUUCUAAACCCAUCCUGCCUUUUGCAGUCUGUGUUCCUUCCAUCCCCGGGGCUGUGCUGGGAUUUAAUCUUUCUUGCUUUAACUGGAUUCUAAGCAAGGCAUUUGAGAGAGCAAUUGGCUAAUCCUCCACACGCACGAAUGGCAUGUUCUUUCCCAGGGACGUGUUUAUUGGAUUCUUUCCAACUACAAGGAAGAGAAUUCUAGGUGACUUCCAUGGAGGAGGUCGAAUGUCAGGAGGCAACAGAUGUGGGGGUGACAGGGCGCUGCCUCAUCGGUCUGGGAACAGUGUUUCCAAAGCUUUGAUGCUGUAGCCAGCCUCACAAACUCCCAGUACCCCAAGUGACAUGUGACCACCUUCUCUCCAUUCACCUAGUGUUUUGCGUCCCAAAAUACAAGUUCUGCUUGGGCCUUUUUCACACCACUUGGCUUGAACUUCCCCUCCAGACAUGCUAUCUCAGGCGGGCCUGGACAGCCAGGGAAUUCAGUCUCACAUGGGCAGGAGUCCUGUGUAGGGGGUUGAUUCAGCUUCCCAUGAAGGAAAUGAAUGUUUCCUCUCUGCUCCACCAUCCUACCUUGGCUUCCUCAGCUUGGUGGAAAGAUGACUGUAGCAAUUGCAUGCAGCAAAUCAAGACACUAGACCAUUCUAGAGGGAGAAGAGAAAGCUGCUUGUGGCUCAAGGAAACUUCCAGAAGCCCUUUGGUCAUAACUCGUUGCCCAGCGUUGGGUGCCCAGUGUUGCCCACCCAUUCUUGAGCCAGCCCCUGGCAUGUGGAGGGAAAUUCUCAGGCCAGUCAGGAAGGAAGACUGAGGUUCAGAUGCUGGCAAGGUGAACCUGGGUCCACUACUGCCCCAGCAGGCAGAGGUGAGGCUGGUCUGCCUGGGCCCUGACCAACAACCAUUGGCCAGGUCUGGAGUCCUGCAUGCCCGUGUCAGCCCUGAUUCUGGUGAGCCACCUCCCACAGAACCUGAAUGUGGCCCUCCAUGGAUGCAGUCUUGAGAUACAUAACGGAAGAGGCCUACAAGGUGAGGUUCUGCAUUGAGUUAGCUCUUCAGGGCAUGUCCUCUUCCGACAGCGGUGGUCUUGAUCCACACUCUGGGAAUCUGCCCAGUGUGAAAGGAGCGAACCACGUCUCUGAUCCCUGUGUCUUGCUGAUAGCUCAUGUCACAGUUUGGGCCUGCUUGGCUGUCAGGAAGGACCGUGCCCACCCAUCAACUGUGUGAUUCUGGAGAGUAAGUGAGCAGUUGUCCCCCUCUUGCAGUUCAAAGUGUACAGUCUCUCUGUGAUGAGAUUUGACUUUCUAGCACCAUGUGGCUGAAGAGUUCCCCCUGGCUUGGGAAGGUUUAUUAAAGUCUGUACCUGAAGCAGGGUCUAAGCAGAGAAGGUUGGACAGCCAAGACGGCAGGAUGCCAGGUGUCCUCAGAUUGAACCUGGCCUUGUCUCGGCUGCUUGCGUAGGUGCAGACCAUGCUGCUGUAGUGACAGCUCCAGCUCUGAGGUUAACUGGGCCUCGCUGUCCUUUUGUAAACUGAACAACAUUGUCUUGAGUCGCCCCUCUCCGCUUUGCCCCAUGUCCUGGGUCCUCCUCAAGCUGUCUUCAAGGUUUUUUUUUUUUUGGUGUGAUUUCCCAUGUUGUUCAUUUGUUGAUUCUGUGUAGCACACAGCCUGUCUCCACUGGAACAAGGCAGUUUUUGGAUUUUCACUCAAUCUGGGAGAGGUGGGUGGGGGUGUCUGGUAUGUAAGCACAGCCAAGGUCUUAGCUGAAUAUGUAACAACCCUGCUCUCAAACACAUUGGCCUUUUCUCCCUUGGGGAUUUCUCACAGACUGAUCCUCCUUCUAUGUAUGGCAGGGCCUUCCCUCAUUACGAUUGCCUUUAUCCAGCUGUUCCCCAAACCUCAGGAUUCUUGACCACUUUAUUCCUUGAGGUGAUUUCCUCUGUUUCCCACUAAGCUCCUCCCUGAGGCCACCCUUCUGCAAUUAGAUUGGCCCAUCAAAAGUAUUUGCCAGAUUAGAGUUCUUCCCUUAAAAAUUGUGUGUUCAGCUCUACAAACAACUGUUUAGGUUCUAUGCACCCCCGCAACCCCCCGCCCAUCCCAGUCCUCAUCACUGGAACCUGUUAAUAUGUUGUGAUGCAAAACCAACAGGAGUUUAAGGUAGCAGAUGGAAUUAAGGUUGCUAAGCAGUAUGAUUUGACUGGGCCUACCCAGAUAAUCCAGGGUUAAAAGUAUCAAUAGAAGACAGAGACAGAAGAGUCAAAGAGAUUUGUAAGAAACACUCAACAAGCUGUCACUAGUUUGAAGAUGAAGGGACCCCAUGCCAAGGCAUGCGGGUGGCCUCUAGAAGCUGGGAAAGGCAGGAAAACUGAUUCUCCCCUAGAGACUCCAGAAGAACGCAACACCUUCAUUUUGAAGGAAAGGCCACUGGACUUCAGACCAGUAGAGCUAUAAGGUGAUAAAACUGUGACAUUUUAAACCCCUAAGUGUGGCAGUUUAAAGCAACAAUAAAAAAAUUAAUACAGGUGUCAUAGAGAAGUUUUCAUUUUUACCUUAUUUCCUAAAAAUUUUCUCUUCUGGUUCCAUCAUUCUUCACGAUUGUAGACCUCAUGCCAUGUAGGCUGCAGUGUUCAGAGAGUGGGUAAUUUAGUUAACAGGCUGGGGAACCCACACGAGAACACAAAAUCCCAGCUUUCACCUGGGCCAAGGUGACAUGUGAAUCAGAAGCUGCUUUGGUGUAACGUAUCCCUGACCUAAUGUGAAAGUCCAAGUCCAGGUUAAUGGAAGAGCAGUAGGAAUUCACUGACUCAGGCUUGGGCACUGAUGCUGUCUGGUAUGUAUAGACUCAAACCAGAAGAAAUGACUUAAAAGUGCAUAAUUUGAAUUUGCCAAUUGACUUUCAUAUGAACAGUAUAUAGUAAAAGUGGUAUAGGAAAUGAUUUUAAUAGAAUAAUCUUGUGUAAUAAAGGCCACUUGGGAAUAUUUGA